CCUUUUUUUUUUCUUUUUUUUUUUCCCUUCACAUUAUUUUACUCAUGUGCUCUUUACAUAUCCUUGUCAAGCUAAAUAGUCAUACUUGUCUAUAAGUACUAACCAGUUCCAGUGUUUUUUCCUCACCGUAAUAACUACUCUUUGUUAUCUCUCGCUUCUUCUUCUUCAUCAUCUUCUUCUUCAUCUUUCUCAUAAUAUUGUCGAUCGAGGUUGUUUUGAUCGAUCUAUUUUGAAGUGGUUUUGGUUAUUUUGGACAUGGAGUGGGAUUUGAAGAUGCCUCCUCCUCCUUGGGAGGUGACGACCCAAACCGAACCGGCCGCCGCCCCCGCCCCGGCCCCCGCCGCAGCCGGUUCGAGCAACCCGAACCGGACCGAGUGGUCGGUCGAUUUGAAGCUCAACGGCUUGGGGGAUUUCAACCCAAACCCUAAUUGGAGAGCGCAAUUCAAAACCCCAGCAAUUGCGAACCCUACGGCCCCUGCUUCCUCUUCCUCCUCUUCUUCCUCCUCGUCGAAGAGGGGUCGCGCCGCCAUUAAUGGCGCACAGAGCUCUUCGUGCUCGGUCGAUGGGUGUAAAGCGGAUCUGAGCAAGUGUAGGGAGUAUCACCGGAGGCAUAAGGUGUGCGAGGCGCAUUCCAAGACGCCGGUGGUGAUCGUCGCUGGUAGAGAGCAGAGGUUUUGCCAACAGUGUAGCAGGUUUCAUUUGCUUGUGGAAUUCGAUGAGGUGAAGCGAAGCUGUAGGAAGCGUCUUGACGGGCACAACAGGCGUCGAAGGAAGCCUCAGCCCGAUUCUGUAAACUCAGGGACCUUGUUUACCCUUCAUCAAGGUACAAGGUUCUCAUCAUAUCCUCUGCUUUUCCCAACUGCACCGGAAUCCAACUUUAAUGGAAUCAUUAAAUUCGAGAAUGGGGCUCUUUAUAAUAAGCAACAAAAUACAGCCACCACUGCCGCCGCUACAAACUCCUCCCACUAUUACAUGGAAGAAAGAAGGCCAUUCCACUUCGCACAAGAAAUCACUACUGAGAGCAACAAGAGCACUAAGCUGUUCUCCGAUGGCUUAAACCGGGUGAUUGACCCCUCAGAGUGUGCUCUCUCUCUUCUGUCAUCGCCUGCUCUGAUUCCAAUGGCUCAACCUUUGCAUGUUUCAGAUUUUCAGUAUGGAAAUAUUGCGCGAUUCUCUAACUUAACACCUGAUAAUGUUGAAGUAGAUGGGUUUUCCACUGUUAUAGUUUCCGAUGCUAAUAGGGAUGCAGGGAUCCAUUACCAGAGUGUAUAUCAUCUCGCCGGUGAAGAAGGCUCGUCAAAUGGAACUACUGCACAAGCUCUUCCCUUUUCUUGGCACUAGUUAGAUCCUUUUUUUCUUCUUCUUUUUCCUCUUUUUUUUUUUUUUUUUUUUAUUUUAGCUUCUGCACUCUUUUUUAA